AUGGACUUAACGAUAGAUACUUAAUUACCGAUUAAAAACCCAAUAUUGAGAUAAUCACAUCAGAAAAUAUAUAUAAAGUAUUAGGCCCUGAAAAUAUAAUAUUUCUUUUACCUUAUGGCACAGAAGAGAAAGAUUAUAACUACACCGAAGUAUCAAGAUAUAGACACGAACACCAUCAUGAAGUUGCAAGGAGAAAUAUCAUUUAUCUAGAAAUAUAUCUGGAUAUGA